UUGCCUUCAUUUUUGAUCGCAGCACACUGAGGCAGCAGUGAUGGCAGAAACGACUGCUUUUUCACUUCAACAAUUCAUUGCUUCUUUGGACAACUCUUGUCUGCCAAAGAUUCUACAAGUUUGCUCUGGAGUGUAUUUCCAAGGGUCUAUAUACGAACUUUCUGGGAGUGAAGUGAGCUUUUCCACUGGGGAUCUAAUAAAGGUCAUUGGCAUUGAGCUCCUAUCAGUUUGCUGUGAAGACAUCAGCAACAAUAAGAUCUUUGAGCUGCCUAUCAACCACACAGGUUUGUUCAAAGUUGUUCCGGAUGAGAGACCAUACAGUUCAGUCGAGGAGAUGGUGAGCAUGAGGCCUGUGGGCCUGGAAUCCUGCCUUCCCUUCACUUUCAUCUGCUGCUCCAAGAUAACCAUUGACAACUUCACACUGGGGGCAAAGAGAGCUUUGAGAGUGCUCUCCAUUGAGCGGCAUGAGGGUGAGGAGGAUCAGGUGCGCUGCCAUAUUCAAGGACAAGAGGAAUCCUCUGCAGAAGUGUGUAUACCACUUUCUUCCCAAGGGGAGUUCAGAGAGUGUGAAAGCGAGGAGCGCUUUACUGUGCAGGAGAUCAUGUCCUCGCCCUGCCUGCGUAGUCAAAGGUUUCGCUUCAUCAACACCACCAAGUAUGAACGGCCCGUUGUCCUCAGCCCAAUAUACCAGGUCAAAGCCAUCAUGAACUUGAGGAAGAACGUGCUGAAGUUUCCCUCCAGUUUAGAGGUGGAUGUGGUCGAUGUCACUGAGUUGUGUAAGGAUGUGAAUUUUGUGACCCCGCUCAGUCUGACGGACGUCCUUUCCCAGCCAGUUGAAUCCUUCCCUGCUGUAGUGGAAAUUUUGGAAGUCCCUGAGACGUGCUCUCUGUUCAAGUGCAGCUGGCUGCCAGAAUUUAGCAAGAGCAGCCACCUUAUCUUCCACAAGAUAAGUAACUCAGCCAUGAUUUUAUUAUCCAGCUUGAAGAGUCGAAAGGCACAACAGUACUUCCUGGUUGCUCAGCAAUAUGGUGGACGUUUUCGGAGGCGGCCAAGAGAGUUUAAUUCAGUGUAUGAGCUGCACGUUGCUUCAAUCCAGGCCCCGGGGCUGAAGGUCAGUGUAACAAGGAACUGUGAGGAGGUUGAGGAGGAGGGCCUGCCUGCCCUCAGUGUGGGCGAACAGCUGGAAGUUGUUCGCUGGGAAACGAUAGAGUUGCCUUGUGAAAGCAACAAGGGACAGAAGCGGUCCGUUGAGGCUCUUCUGUGUCGGCUUCUCCAAGAGCAUGAUGAUGGGGAUGAUGAUGAUGAUGAUGAUGAAGAUGAGGUAAAGCAGGAGGAUGAGAGAGAGGAGAUUUUUCUGCCUCUGUACAUGCAGGGUCACUUUGUGGAGGUGCUCAGUGAUAACAAGAAGUACAGACUUAAGGACUUGGGUAAGGAGUUGAGUUUGCCCCUGGAUGUUAAAGUGGUGAGCCGGGAUACUGAACUUGAGAAUGAUCCACUAGUUGGGUUUGCAUGUCUCAGAAUAGAGGGGGCCAUGUUAGAGCCCACCAUCCAGGCAAGCUUUGCACACAGGCCAGACCGCUGUUUCGAGAUCCCAGCCCAGUGGCUCUCGAUGUCUGUCUGUUUUACCAAAGACCCCCUGCCAUGGUCCAGCAGCAAGCCACCUAAGUGCCAUGUGGACAGAGUUACCGAGGUGACAGACUUGUUCUUUUAUGAAUUUCACAAACAAGGGAGCACAGAUGCCGCUCCUCCACCUCGACCACCGAAGCGAGAUCUGCGAUCAUCAAAGCCUUCCAAAAAAUCAUCAAAACCUCCGAAGCAGUCAUCCAAACAGCAACCCGACAAAAGCAUCCCAACCAAGGGGUUAGCCGAUUUGACUUUGAACAGCAAACGAAGGCCCCCAGCUCCCCCACCUCCAGAUAUCUCCAAUGAUCAACCUCCACCAACCGUACCCCGAAAGCACUCAGUGGAUGAAAGGCCGACAGGUAGCGCUCUGCCAAACGCUUACGUGCAAAGAAACGACUUGAAAAAUAAAGUGCAUCUGUGUGAAGUCGAAGCAAAUGAUGACAGCGACGACGACUAUGAAACUGUGGAUGAUAGUUUUGUAACGGAUAUCUCCAAUGAUCAACCUCCACCAAUCGUACCCCGAAAGCACUCAGUGGAUGAAAGGCCGACAGGUAGCGCUCUGCCAAACGCUUACGUGCAAAGAAACGACUUGAAAAAUAAAGUGCAUCUGUGUGAAGUCGAAGCAAAUGAUGACAGCGACCACGACUAUGAAACUGUGGAUGAUAGUUUUGUAACGGUAAUAAAGAACGCAUAAGCGAAUGUCGGAUUUUACUAAAAUAACAGAGAAAUAGCACAUAUGAGAACUGAAUGUAAGAGUGACUCAGGAAAAUGUCACAUAGCAUCUUUUAAGCUCUUCUAUUUUAUAUUGUAUGCAAAUGUAACGAGGCAAAGAGGUACAGUAUAUUGUGAGACUCAGGCCGAGCAACCUGUCCAUUAAAUCCUAAAUAUUGUGUUCAAACUUAACAUGUGAUUUCAUUUCAUACUUAAAAUUAAUUGGUUUGACAAAAGGUUAGAUAUUUCAGUUAAAUAUUCAACUAUAAACUCCAGACAGUUUACUGCAUCUGUGAGGACCUUUGAGAUAAUUUGCAAGAUUUAUAACACACCACGGGGCUUUUGGUGACGAGUGAUUUUAAUUGGUUGCCCUGUUGUUUUAAUUCUACUGCUGUGCACGUUUGGCAAAGGCACUGGCACUCAUUCAGUUUCGUGGACACUUUGUUCAGCAAAUAUUUGCCCACACAAUAUCCUCCAGUGUCUCUCAACACAUAACCUGCUUCUAAUGUGGUCAGCGAAACUCUUUCAUUCCUUGUCCAUUACUUAUUACGCUCAAACCACUUCAAGGUUGUUAGAGGCUGUAGCUGUGUCACACACUUUGUACUACUCUUAUAGUAUUUAUUGUUGUUGUUUUUUAUAUGAUACUGAACCUUUGUACUUUUUGUUCAAACUUGUCAACAAAUCGUUGAAAUCAAACUGUAUGGGAGUUUUGGGAGCUGUAGCUUGUCAUUGUGUAUAAAUAGUUUUAAUAUGCAAUACUUUGCCAUUACUCUAUAUAUAGUCUUUAGUCUGGUCUAAUAUAACACCAGUUUAAUUAAUGCCUUGGCUAAUAAAUGCAUAUUUACAAGCUUCACAGAGGUAAUAAUGAUAUAUAUUUUAUUAUACAUGCAUUUAAUGUAUAUGGCAGCCUCCUACAUGCAAACUAAACUGUACACGCAAACUCUCGACAGAAACGGUUCAGACCCGUCUCUGCUGCGAGCUGUCGGUCUUAACCACAGACCACAGACGCUCUCCCAGCAAACAGACAAGGGCCACACAUUGCAUCGAAUCCUGUUUUGUUACUUAAGGUUGGUUUUGACUCACUGCUGAAAAUAAUAAAAAAAUAUAGAAUUGAAUUGUGUACCAUGUAUAUUUAUUUUAAAUUACAAACAUCCUGGAGUUUCAUUUGGUACUAAAAGAUAUGUCUUGAUAAGUGGCUUCAGAAUCCACUCACACCCAUUUGGUUUAUUUGAAUUUAGUUAAGACCUGUUUACUGUGAGAACCAGUUGAACCUUAUAGACAGAUGUUUUUGUUCCACAUGUCUGCACAGCCAGACUUGACAUAAUCAAGUAUGGACAAAGUGGGUAGAUGCUAAAUCCAGUUUGUUCCGUCACAGCUAAAUACACAUGUAAAUAAAGUCUCUGUAUUUUA